AUUCAUUUUCAUUUAAAUCCCUUGCAAAGCAGUUUCCAUUCGUAUAGAGUAUUUUGAUUUCCGCCAAAUUCACAUGGUAUUCACGCGCGAAUUUACUGUCAUUUUUCUAUUCUUGACUCGGAGCAAUGUCAAUGAAUAUAAAAAAAACAAGGAUCAGUUACUGUAUUGCUGAAAUAUUUUUCCUGAGAGUUACAUGUGUAUAAACAACUAUAAUAUUUAUUGAUGCCCGUGCAACAUUUUCGCAAUUGUGACUUUGUAAAAUUCUGCUAAAGGUGAACCGACGUGGACGGAUUAAGGACUGGGACAUACCCCAUCGACACAAGCUCAAUAUAUAAGAAAAUUGUGUUACAUUAUAACCCCUUUAUUGUGAAAACUUGAAGAUAAUACCUGUCUAAAACUAUUCACAAUGUAUCAUUACGCCCACAGCCACGCCAUGGCGAAGGGUCAUACAGGACAAAGCAACGGAGCAUGGGACACCAACGAUGUCCUAUUCGAUCCUCUCACCAUGUCACCUUCGCUAUCAUCGAAGAGCCACGAGUUCGAAACGACCAAUCCAGACUUCGUCAUACAUACCAGCUCUAUGAACAAGAGGUCCUGGGAUCUAGGACGAGUAGCUAGAGGAGGGAAAGGAUGCAGAGGGUUGUUUACCAACAUGAGACAGAGACAGGAGGAGGAGGAUGAGAGUCAUUACUUGCCAGAAUACAACUCUGGUAUCACAAGGAUACUCUCAUUGAUGCAGAUUAUCAUGGGUGUGGUCAUCAUACUCAUCGGUAUAUUUGCUUACGUUGCCAAGGCAACAAUUGGGCCUAUGAUACCAGCCAUGGACAUCGGGUGUGGAGUUGUGCUGUACAUAACUGGGGGAGUCCUCGGAAUCUUUACCAAAUGUCGUGCAAAACGAAUGGUAGCAGCAUUCAUCUUGCUUAGUAGUUGUUCUUUUGUUUCAUCCACUGUGCUUGGAGCAAUUCAUGCCCUGGCAGGAUUUCGACCUCAUUCCAUCUGCGCCUACCUUCACUGUGGCAGCUCCCCUGAUGAGUCAUCAAGACAGGUGAUGGACAGUGUAAUAGCUAUUCUUAGUUUCAUCGAAGCCGUGUUCGCCUUGGUCUCCGUCAUCGUCGGUGUUCAUGGCUUCUGUAAAUGGCGUCAUGGAAAAUGAGAUACGAGGCUCUCACUUUCUCGAACUUCAGUCAGAGGAUUUGAGAUCACUGUGGCACUGUAUAACUUCUUUAAUCAUACCUUUCUUUGAAAUCGAAUGCUCUUCAAAGUAUGAUAAUCGAUGACAAUGUAGGCUUAUCGGUUGAAUAUAGGCCUUCACCUCCUUUAGGUAUAAGGAUUUACAUUUCAUGAAUGAUUUAGCAUUGAAUUAGAGUGGAUCAAGUGCAUCAACUUGCCUUGUGCGUGCCAACAAAUGUAAUGUUUCUCUUUCUAACUUCAUACUCGAUGAAAUUUUAUGUGAUGUAUCUCAUCAAGUAGAUUAGGCCUAUAUUACGAAAUUGUAGCAAAGUACCAUGGGUGAUGACAGAGUUACUAUAUAUCAUUUCAUUUCAUUUAGUCUUUAUUCCAUCUUUGUUUAAAUCAUAUAAAAAGUACAUUGAAAUAUAUAACUAUACAAAGGUAUCAUAAACCAUUAUAAAUUGAACAUCUGAAUACAAUUAUCACCACGAAGAAUGAAUAAUACUUGUGAAUGUUAUGCAAUUGGACUCGUGUCCACCGCCCAAUUAUGUUUAACUGUGUUUUCAAGCAUUUAAGAAUGUUCACUUUACUUGUUCUUUUUGGAAAAGGAAGUCAGGUUUAAAAACAAUAAUUGUAGCAACAUGGAAUAGUCAUCUACAAAUGACGAAUUAAUUCUAUAAUUGUCUCCAUGAUAUUAGCUUAGUCGUAUAUAAUUAUGACUAUUUCAGAAAGCAUUACUUUGUUUUUAUAGUCCUCGUAUUCAUCUUAUUUACAUGUUACCCUCAUUACCCUUGUUUUAUUGUGUUCAAGUGUCAUCUCUUUGUAUGAUAUUUUGUUCUAUAUUUGAAUUCCUGAUAAUGAAGUCAUUCAGGUGGGUUUUACUUUUUGUUUGUAAAUAUUAAUUGAAGAGAAUUAGCUGAAUGAGGUGAUGAUAUGAUCACAAUCACCAUGAUCACAUGUUCUUAUCCUCGUAUUUGUGAACUUUAGCCUGCGAUGCUGCAAGAAUUGAAAACAAGGUUUCUUACCGUGCUUCCCAGUAAAAUAUACUCAGAGGAAGCAAGGUAAGACUUGACAAGAGUCCCUGAUGCUGCCGACCCAUUUUCACUAAUAGGUAUCAAAACACAAUCAAGGAUCGACAACCGAAGACAAAAUAAAAUUCAAAAUGCCGUAGAUGGCGUAGUAGCUGGCGUGUGGCUGACCAGACUGAGGAAGGUGCCGUUGCCGAGUGGACUAAGUCGCCGACUAGACAUUUGGCAGUCCGGGGUUUGAUCCCCGGCCACGGCUCCUUAGCCCGUGAGCAAGGCAUUCAAUCGACAAUGCUAUAUUAUCCCGCAUUAAAAUAAAUGGAAAUGCUUUUAAAUGCUUUAUGCAUUGUUGGAAACUAGGUGUGGACUUGUUAAAAAAAGGUAUAUCGUCUUACAUACGGCACUGCAUAUGAUGGCACAGACAAAUGAAAUAUAGAUACAAAACAUGAUGUUAAUUGUAAUUGUUAUUCUGAUAUUGUAUGACUGAUAUUCCAUAAAAUAUAUUAGUAAAGUUAAAAAACAUAAAUUAAAAUGGAUAUUGUACUUACAAAUACGAAUAAUAAUGUUCAUUCACCGGUCGACCUGCACUGAUACAGGAAACUGAAUAAUAAGGUAUCCUGUGCGGCAUCAGCAACUACGCCAUCUACGACGUUGCUUCGAUGAAGCCUACAACUCUUAUAGAAUCUGAGUAAAACGGUUGAUAUAAUUAUGUGUGAUUGUGACGAAAAGGACGUUUCUCAUGACUUUAUUUUCCCGAGAUGCCAUAGUUUGCAUUCAUGGAACUUAAUCGCAAAGGUGUCAAAAUACAUGUAGGCCUAAGUCGAUAGCUUUAGAACCAUUCACUUUGAGGUUCGUACUCACAGUGAAUGACUUCUUUCGUGCAUAUGUGUAUCCUUUAAUUGACACAUGGAUUAAUCUCUCUAAGCAAUUUAUAUUGUGAUAAAAAAUUCUUCCAUCAGGAUGAAUACAGUAGCAAAGCUCAUUGUCUAGUGUAUACAAAAAUUGACAUCACACAUCUAACUCUUUAGACCUAUGUCGAGAUUCUUUUUUUUUUCUUUUUACAAUUUAGGUUGUUUUUAGUAUUCUCAUGUAUUGUUAUUUAUUUAUUUUCUGACUGACGAUUUAUGGGUGGCAGAGGCUUUAAGCAAAUUUUGAUUCAAAAUGAUAUUUUCUCAUGAAAAUAAAUGUUUUGUGGUGGAACCAUUCAAGAAAUUAAUAUUCGUAAGAACGAAAAUAAUUAUCAGUCAAAGUCAGUUUUGUUUACAUUAUUAAUGGCUGCCCACAAAGAAAUAGAAGAAAUCUAUAUAGAGUUUUAAAUGCAAUAUGCAUUCGAUACUAGGGAAACUAUACGCCACUUCUUCAUCAAUUCAAUACACUUCAAUUCUUUAUUCAUUCAAAUUCAAAUAGGUUAAAAAACAUAUGUACAAUGCAAACAAAUUAGAAAUGCAUAAAAUAAUACAGAGUAAAACAUAUUAUAAAUAAACAAAAUAUUGCCUUGAUUAAAUAUUAUAAUUGAGUGAAAGAGGACUUGAGAAGAAAAGCACAGAGGCCUUGUGAGAAUAAUCGAUAUAUCUCCAAUCAGUAUUACAAUGAAAAUUAACAUAAAAAAACACAAACAUGUAUUUGUUUGUGCGUGUGUACGUUGUGUGUGCGUGAUUGUAAGUGAUUGUAUGUGAUCAGUGAUUGAUAACAUUAAAUUGGAAAAAGAUAAGUUAAAUUAAUUAUAUAAUUUUUCUCGGCAAGGCAUUAAAGUUCGCUCUAGAGCAGAUUGGUUUGAGGAGGGGGAAAAUAAUAUUAAGUAUUUCGAACAACUGUUAAAAAUAAAUAAGAGGAAAAGUGUUAUUAAAGAAUUAGUCAAUGAAAAUGGAGAAAUUAUUAGGGACAAAAAUAAUAUUUUAAAAGAAAUAAAGAUUUUCUUUGAAAAAUGAAAGCUGUUAUAAUAAAAGUUUAUUUUCUAACGAUGUCUUAAAGUUAAGUGAACAGAACAGAGAAUUAUGUGAAGGU